CGGUCAGAGGCGGUCACUGUCUGUGUUUCCUAAACUGAAGAUGGCGACAGGAGUCCUUCAGAGAGUCCGCGGAGGCUUCACUCCGGCUAAAAACAGCGCUCUGUCAGCCGGAAACCUCUCUCUCUGGGUCAGAGGAUUUUCAGCAUCUAACAGCAGAAACGGAGAGGACAGCUGGUUUAGGUCUCUGUUUGUCAGGAAGGUCGAUCCCAGAAAAGACGCACACUCCACCUUGCUGACCAAAAACGAGGAAAGUAACCUCUACAAAAUUCAGUUCCAUAAUGUGAAGCCAGAGUGCCUGGAUGACUACAAUAAGCUGUGCGAGGACGUUCUGCCCUCCAUCCAUGCUGAUAAGUACUACCCCUGUGAGCUGGUGGGAACCUGGAAUACCUGGUAUGGAGAACAAGACCAGGCUGUUCAUCUGUGGCGCUACAGAGGCGGCUACCCUGCUCUGACUGAGGUCAUGAACAAGCUCCGGCAGAAUAAGGAGUUCACGGCGUACAGGAAGGAGCGCGGGAAGAUGCUGCUGUCGCGCAGGAACCAGCUCCUGCUGGAGUUCAGCUUCUGGAACGAGCCCGUCCCCCGGGAAGGCCCCAACAUUUACGAGCUCAGGUCUUAUCAGCUCAGGCCAGGAACCAUGAUCGAGUGGGGUAAUUACUGGGCCAGAGCAAUCCGAUACCGCCAGCGCAACAGAGAGGCCGUGGGAGGGUUUUUCUCCCAGAUCGGUGACCUUUACUUGGUCCAUCACCUUUGGGCUUACAAAGACCUUCUGUCCCGGGAAGCCACCAGGAACGCCGUGUGGCAGCAGGAGGGCUGGCAUGAAGUGGUGUAUUACACCGUCCCUCUCAUUCAGCACAUGGAUUCUAGGAUCAUGAUCCCAACUAAAGCUUCUCCGCUGCAGUAAGGAGGGACGAUCUGUUAUCAAGCUGGCCCCCUUUCAAAUGUUACAUUUCUUCUGUGAAUCGCCAUCAUGGGUCCAACUUUCUGUCAGUGCUACCAAAAAAAAAAAAAAAAAAAAAAAACCCCUUUUUUUUUUUUUUUUUUUUU